GGAGCUAAACCCUAACCGACAGCCAUGGCUUCCGCUGAAGAAUCAGAUGUUGGGAUUCUCUGCUACAUUUCCUCUGGUCCAGGCUUCCGUGGAAUUCUCAAGCAGAGGCACAGAUGGAUGAUGGCAUCCUUAGAUAUGAGCAGCGCCUCAUGCUGUGCAAGUUUUUGCUGAAAAAUAACACACGGGACGGACCGAAGUAAGUAGUGUGUAUGCCCCAUACAAGAUUAGAAAAACCGAGAUAUGCUUGCUAUCUUUGACAUUUCAAAACUCAUAAAGAGAAGCAGGCUGACCCUGCUUUUCUCAAGCACUCCAUCAAGAUUCUUCUCUACUUUCACCCCAAGCCACCAGAAAAUAGCCGACCUCAUUUUGGAGCAAAAAUCAUCAAGGGAAGCACUCCAAACCUUCCAAUGGGCUACCAAGAUUCCUAACUUCACCCAUACUCUGUCCACCUGCCGGGCUCUGCUCCACAAGCUCUGUACUUUUCGGAAAUUCAUUGCUGUCCAGCAACUGCUCGAAGAAAUUCCCAAGAUUGUUGGUUUGCCCCUAGAUGAUGACACAUUCAUUACUGUUGCCCGUGGUUAUGGCCGAGCUAGAAUGACUAGGGAAGUGGUUAGGGUUCUUGAUUUGGUGCCUAUGUUAGGGAAAGGUUCUCCUUCUUUGAAGCUGCUGAAUACAGUUCUGGAUAUCUUGGUGAUGGAAGAUAUUGACAUAGCUAGGGAGUUCUAUAGGAAGAAAAUGAUGCUGAAUGGUGUGAAGGGUGAUGAUUACACUUAUGGGAUUUUGAUGAAAGGUUUUUGCGUAACUAAUAGAAUAGGUGAUGGGUUCAAGUUAUUGCAAGUGUUGAAGAGUCAUGGAAUCAAGGUUAAUGUUGUGGUAUACAAUACACUGAUAUAUGCUCUUUGUAAGAAUGGUAAGCUUGGCAGAGCUAGGAGCCUUAUGCAUGAAAUGAAAGAACUUAGUGAUGUUACUUUUAACAUUUUGAUUUCUGCAUAUUGUGAUGCAAAUAAUCUAGUGCAAGCUCUAGUGAUGUUGGAGAAGUGCUUUAAUCAUGGGUUUGUGCCAGAUGUGGUUACUUUGACUAAGGUGGUCGAAAUUAUGUGCCAUUCAGAUCGUCUUUGGGAGGCAGUUGAGGUGUUAGAGAGGGUGGAGGGAAAGGGAGGUACUCUUGAUGUCGUAGCUUAUAACACUUUAUUAAAGGGUUUUGUCAAAGCUGGAAAAGCUGGAGCAGCCCAUGGGUUUCUUAAGCAGAUGGAAUUGAAAGGGUGUCUACCAAACACCGAAACUUACAAUGUUGUUAUUUCUGGUUUCUGUGCAACCUGGAUGCUGGAUUCAGCCAUCGAAACAUUUUAUGAGAUGCAAAGGAUGGGUGUACCCUGGAAUUUUUUUACAUUUGAUACACUGAUUCAUGGGUUGUGUUCCUCUGGAAGGACUAAGGAUGGGUUUAUAAUAUUCCGACUGAUGAUGGAGAAUGAAGGCUGGGGUUGUGAUGGACGCAUUGGUCCUUAUAAUAGCAUUCUGUAUGGGUUAUAUAGGGAUAAUAAUCUGUACCAAGCAUACAAGUUCCUAAAAUACAUGGAAAGAGUGUUUCCCCAUGCUGUAAAUCAGAGUUCAACUAUUCUGCAUUUAUGUGAAAAAGGCAACGUGGAGGAAGCUAAGCAAGUUCUAGAUGGGAUGCGUGAAGGAGGCGACUUUUCAAGUGUUAUUGUUUAUGCAAGCGUGAUUCAAGGGCUGUGCAAGAAAGGAUGCACAAGGGAAGGAGUUGAGCUGAUGAAUGAAAUGGUGCGGCUUGGUUAUUUUCCUGUUGCAUCUACAUUUAAUUCUUUGUUGGAUGGUUUGUGCCGGCAGGGGAAAGUUGGGUCUGCAUUGAGACUCUUGGAGGAUCUGAAGAUGAGGGGCUGUUUACCUGAUUCAGAGAGUUAUGCACUGGUGAUCAAUGCAAUGUGCAUCCAAGCCCAAGGAGAGCUAUGCCAAGUCUUAAAGGUGUUAGUGCAGAUGGUGGAAAGGGGUAUUGCACCUGAUUAUUGUACAUGGAAUGCAGUGAUUAUGUGGAAAUUCAAUGAUAUGGUGCAAAAGGAUGCACUGCUGCUCCUGCAGCGGCUGACGACGGAAUGCUGAAUACCUGUAUUGUAUCCCAAGAAAAUAAAAGCAACUGGCAAGCAAUUGUUUCCAUGCACACAAUAGCAGAUGCGAUCAAAGGAAUGCAUAGUAGGGCUCAUGGAAACUUGGGGGCAAAUAGCUUGAUGUAAUUUAGGAAGUUUGUGCACUUGCAUAUUCUGGAAUACAAAUGUAGUUAGUACAAAAAAGGUAUGUUAAGUAUAGAUUAGUUAUUCAGACUGAUGGCCUUGUAAAUCAUACCUCCCUUGGGUAUGGUGAAUAUACUGGAACACUUUGUUGAGUAAAAAACAAAAAAAUUGAUCAGUAACCCAGUAACUUGUGAAUGCCAGAAACAAAUAUGUGGACAAAAUCCCUUAUUAGCAUGUGCAUGGGUCAAGUUGUGUUGUUGAAU